AAACAAGCUCAAUUCAUGGGUUAUCAUCAUCGUCUUCUUCUUCUUGUGUUAAUUGUAAUCUCGUUUUCACUGAAGUGCCAGUCUUGGAGUUGGUUCUCUUCUUCUACAGCAGAGUCUCAUCCUGAUGAGAAAGCUUUAGGGGAAAAGGAUGGUUCCGGUAUUGCUGAAUUCUCCAUGGAAGCUUUUAACGAUCAGAAGGGAAUCAGGCUGGUAGAAAGUGCUAAAAAGAAACUGGUUGGUACAAACUCUUGUUGGCUAAAUGCUUACAAGCAUCUCUUUGCCGGGUGCUCGGAGAUUUUCGCCGUCGACGAGAAGCGGUCUCGAUUUGCUUGGCAUCUUGGUGAUUGCUUUCAAAUAGACUCUGGCAGGCUGCCUUUCCCUUAUUGUGACUCAAAAUCUGCCAUGGUUAAAUGCCUAAAGAACUUGAAUGAAUAUGAGCAUCAGGUUUAUCUAGAAUUCUACCUUGAAACCAACUCCAUCUGCCAUCAGUUACAGGCUCAUAUCUUCAAGCAACAAACAGAGAGACUGGUGCAUGAUUUGAAAAAUUCGGCCCAAUUGGCAGAAGACAAAUUAGAAAUCAUAGACCGAAAAACAGAAGUUCUAUUACAGAACUCAAAUGAAAUUUAUGAUUCUUUGAAUACCAUCGAUAUUCGGAUUCAACAAGUAGCUCUAACAUCUAAGAAUGUAGGAGAUCAUAUAGAUGUUGUCUUGAAGCAUUCAGAAGCUGUGUUUGAGCAGUCCAAGAGAAUUGCAGCUUCUCAAUCAGAGCUGCAAGAAGGACAAGCGGAAAUGAGGAGAAGUUUGGAGGACGGGAUGGUAAUGCUCAAAGAUUCUUCUAACAUUUUGGGCCAACAAAUAGAUAAUUUAAGAAAUGAGGCAAUCGAAAUAGAGAAGGAGAUAACUAAAAUUGGAGAUGCAAUGUCUGUGAAGAUGAUAAAUCUGCAAAGCAAAGCUGAUGAUAUUGGGAAUAUGGCAGGGAUUUCCUUAGAUAAGCAACAACAACUUCUAGAUGGACAAUCCACAGCACUUAAAGGUCUUCAAAUUUUAACAAAGUUUCAAUCCGAUGCACUAGAAGAGAGCAGGAGUCUGCUGCAACAGUUAGCUGAAUAUGGACAUAGUCAACAGGAAGAGCUUCUUGAGCGUCAAGAACAGCUUCAAAGAGUUCAUGACCACUUGAUGGAAAAUUCAAAGUCAAUGCUGGCAGCUCAGGAAUCUUUCGAAUCAAAGCAAGCAAGCAUGUUUAUUGCUUUAGAUAAGCUGUUUGCUUUGCACAAUGCCAUACUGCUCGAAUCACGAUUAAUAAAAGUUUUCUUUGUUUACUGUAUAUCAAUCUUUAUCAUCUACAUGUUCACUAGCACCAGACAAACAUACAAAGUCAGACCCUGGUUAUAUAUUGGGCUUUCUGGUACAUUUUUUAUAGAAGUUGCAAUACUUCGGGUCACAACAAAUGACAAUAUUGAGCGAAAUUCAUGGAUAAUAAAGAUGGUCAGGUCACUUUUUGUGCUUCUUGCUUCAAUUCAGAUUCUACAUGCAAUUUGCACAUACAGAGACUAUGAAGUGCUGAACCAUCAGAUGCUACUAACAUUAAUUGAGAAGGUUAAUGGCAUGGAAAGACACAAGGAGUUGGAUUGGGACGUGGAUAGUGAUGUAAAUUGGUCUAAAUGGAUCGACACUGACUUGCCAGAAGACUUGGACAAUUUUGAAGACCCUGACUAUAUACUUCCAGAAGAAGUUGGAGAAAAUUCAAUCAUGAACACCUCAAUUACAAGAGAAUAUAAUCUCCGCCACCAUCAUUGCCAUUGA